UUUACAUUCAGGUUAAUGCAGGACAGAUAUCACAGAUUUAAGUGUUUGAUAAAUUUUAAAAGUUCUUUUAAAACCUAUGGUUUUGACAUCUUUUGAAGUUUUGUAUAAUUUGAAAGUAAAAAUUAUUUUUUUACAAAAUGAGUUACAAGGAGGAGAAAAAUGAUCCACAUGAAGAUAAACCUUUAGUUCCAAGAACUGCUGUUAGUUUACAGAGAAUGAAAUUAGAGAAAUUAAUGAAAAAUCCUGAUAAACCAGUUGUAAUACCAGAAAGACAGAGGGACAAAAAGCUUCCUCAUGUUCCUGAUUUCGUUAGGAAUGUCAUGGGAUCCAGUGCUGGUGCUGGGAGCGGAGAAUUCCAUGUUUAUAGACACUUACGAAGAAAAGAGUAUGCAAGACAGAAAAUUAUUCAUGAGAAAGGAGAAAAGACACUACUAGAUGAGGAGUACCAAAGGAAACUGGAGACCAAUCAGAAACUUGCUGAAGAAAAGACCGCUAAAAAACGUGCCAAAAGGCUAAAACGGAAAGAAAAGCUUAAAAAAAAGAAACAAUCAGGUUUAGGAAACUCAAAUGGACCAAAAGAAGACUCAGGAAAAGAUAACAGUGAUUCAAGUGCCAAUAGUUCAUCUGAAGAUGAAAGUUCAAACAAAAUAUAAAGUUUUAAUAGUGAAAGAAUGAGUUGAGAAAAUCAAAGAAAAUAUUCAUGUAAAUAAAAUUAUUUCUUAA